CGUAGCUUUAAUAAUGUUUAAAUUGUAUCAGGGUCGGACCAGUAUGUGGCAGGGAAUGGAAGAAGUAUUCAUUACCAAUAGAGAAUGUUGCUUUACGCUCCGUUUUCUUGGUCUCAGUCUCUUUGCUUCCUCGUAUCGCAGGAGCUUUAGCUAAGCGCUGGUUUCGUGACUAAAGCAUAAACGUCACAACUGCCGGUAGCUCUUCCCAAAAACCAUAUUUUUAAAAGAAACGAAUCGUUUCAUUUUUUGACCAAAUAGUUUUGCAAUUGGUCAUGACUUGCCCUCAUUUUACAGAAGAAUACGCUCAUUGUCCGCCUACUGGUACGGUUAUUUACCAAGAGGAGUGUGUUCGUUGUUUUAUAUCCACUGAUUCGAGUUCUGGAAUCGAUUUAUGUCUCUGCUGCUUCGAAUCUGGUUGUACAAAAAAUGAUCUUUCUCACAACGUCAGUCACUUUGACCUGACUAAACAUCCGAUAUAUUUGAACAUACGGCGUACGCCUAAGGACCAGGAAGAGCCGCCUCAAAAAUUGACAAAACUUGAGAUAAAAGAAGAAAAUGAAGCUGAUAAAUUUCAAUUUUACUACAAUGCACACUGUAUCGUUUGUGAUGUGGCCAUCGAUCAAGAAAACGAAAAAGUUAAAGCCAUCGUUGAUGCUUUAAAAAAGUCGCCUUCUGCUUCACAGAUGAGUCAGGUCAAGAGUUGGGAAAAUGAAAUUGUACCCUGCGAGCAUGUUCUUACUCUUCAACAAACACCUGCUUAUACUGUCUCAGUAAAUGGUUCUUGUACCCAGUGCGAGCUUUCGGAGAAUCUCUGGCUUUGUCUAAAUUGUGGAAAACUAAGCUGCGGCAGAAAACAAUUCGGUGGAGGCGGCGGUAACGGACAUGCCGUUGAACAUUUUCAAAGUACGAAUCAUGGAGUUGCCGUCAAGUUGCAUUCCUUGUCGGCUUCCUCCCAACCUGAUGUGUAUUGUUAUAUUUGUGACGAGGAACGUGAUGAUCCUGAAAUCAAGAACCAUUUAAGUACGUUUGGUCUUAAUCUUGACUCCAUGUCCAAAACAGAGAAAUCAUUGGCGGAAAUGCAAUUAGCUCAAAAUCUAAAUUUUGAUUUUGGCUCAAUGGAAGAAGAGGAAGGCGCGAAGAAGUUGUUUGGACCUUGUCUCACAGGACUUCGGAACUUGGGUAAUAGCUGUUAUUUAUCGUCUGUGGUGCAAGCACUGUUUUCUAUUGAUGUCUUCCGCAAUCAUUAUUUACAAGUUUUUCAAACGCAUAAUGCUAAAUGCUCCUCAGCAACAACGUGCCUUGUAUGCCAACUUGGAAAACUCGCAGAUGGACUGUGCUCGGGAAAGUUUUCCAGGCCUAGCCAUUUCGUCAUGGCCAGUGAAGAUCCAUCGAAGAUUCCCUUCCAAGAUGGGUUGCGGCCGUUUAUGUUGAAAGACAUUGUUGGAAAGGGUCACGAAGAGUUUUCUACUGGAAGACAACAGGAUGCCUAUGAAUUUCUCCUUUACCUCUUAAAAAAAGUGAAGACAGCGAAAGAUGAGUCUGGCUUGGACAUGAGCUCUAUGGUGAGUUUUACCACUGAGCAGCGUCUUCAAUGCCUUGGCUGUAAUCGGGCACGAUACUCGAAAAUAGAAACCGAAAGCUUGGCACUUCCGAUCGUGAAGCGGAAUAAUGGGGAGUCGUUCUUCGAGGACUGUUUACGUUCAUUUGUAUCUCAGGAUCAAAUGGAGUAUACUUGUGAGUCCUGCCAUAGUAAGGCUGGCGCUGUCACUCAAACACGUUUUGUUAGCUUUCCUAAGGUUCUCGCAGUGCAAUUGAAUCGCUUUGACAUUGUCAACUGGGAAUUGAAGAAAGUAAAUACAGCCGUUCAACUUGGCGGUGAUGCUAUUUACGAUCUUAGCGACUUUUUGGUUGGUCCGAGACAAGAAGGCGAGGAAUUGCUACCCGAAGAAUCAAAAAGUCAAGUUGAAUGGAAUGAGCUUGCUAUGGAGCAGUUGACUGCCAUGGGAUUUUCCGUCAAUAGAUGUCAGCACGCUUUGCUCGCGACUGGAAAUUCCGAUGCAGAAAGUGCUAUGAAUUGGCUGUUUGAGCAUCUUGAAGAUCCCAGUAUUGAUGAACCCGUCGAUUUAAGUAAAAUUUCUGAACCAUCAAGCACUGAAGUUUCAUCUGAUCAUGUCUCGUCUUUAUGUGACAUGGGUUUCACAGUGAAAGCUGCAAAGCAUGCUUUAAAAGAAACCCAAAACAAUGUUGAACGUGCUGUUGACUGGCUCUUUAGUCAUACUGAUGAUUUAGCAGCAAUCGAAAAUGCAACUGAGGGGGCUACUGAUCAAAAUUCAAUUAACGUGUUUGCUUCUACCACAGUUCCAGCACUUUAUAAACUCAAAGCUAUUGUUUGUCAUAAGGGCGGAAGUGUUCAUGCGGGCCAUUAUGUGGCCUUCAUUCGUGAACUUGUGGAUGGACAGGAUGUCUGGGCCUUGUUUAAUGACGAAAAAGUACUUCAGGUUUCAAGUUUAAAAGAAACGGAAAGCACAAGUUAUGUUUAUAUCUUGGAACGUUUAGAUGCAUAGGGAAUAGGUGAUUUCUUAACGAGCUAAGAUAUAUCUAUCAAUAUAUUAAUAGGAAAUGUAUUUUUUUUUCAUGUACAGUAUAAA